AUGGAGACUUCUUGGACAGAGGGUGAAUCCAUCUACGAGCGGACCACGCUCUCUUUCCAAUUAUCCGAUAUCUCAACUGCUGAUUACGGAGGAAUCACAUUUAAUGUCGAUUCUGCUCAUCCGGCUGUCGCUAAUUCUACAGAAGUCUCUGAGAACCUUUCAAGAUACUUGACUGGAUGUAGGUUAAGAGGAGUCAAGACUUAUCGCCUUACAAGUUACUAUUGUGUCAUGCAUGGACAUUUCAAAAAGAUUGAGAACAAUGAUGAAUCUGAAGAGACUCAAACCGUAUAUGGAUUCAACUCCAUUACAAUGUACCCUGAUUUGCUGGAUCACCUCGAGUCCCACAAGGAAGAAUCAGGUCAAAACACUUUCAUUGGGACAGUCACAGGGGUGAGAGCUAAGCCUUCACCCCUGGAGGAUUCCAUUUUAACACCAGAAAGAUCGAAACAGGAGAAUAUCCUUGUUAUAGACUUUGCGAUGGCCAAAUAG